GCAGAGCCUCCAAAGAAGCGUACUAAAGUCAGAAAGGUUGUCGAGGAUAGCGAUGACGAAGAGCAGGAGCCAGCUGUCGAGUAAGCUUUGAAGAUGACCUAGUGCUCGCUCGAAUGCACCUAAUCCAUGUAAUACAUAGGCCAAAGAAGCUACCCACUAGAUCCACGCCUCGAAAGAAGCAGAAUGACAAUGAGAUACAAGGGACUGCUACCACAGCAAGCGAAUACUUCGCCUCAAGUAAAAGUAAAGCUCAACCGCCCGCGAAAUCAGAAGCGAAAUCACAGGCCAGCCCUGCAGUGGCAGUACGCUCUAGUCCUAGGGUGAAGAAAACCGCCAAGCAGACUACUCCAGAGAAGAAACCAGCAAAGAGACAAGCCACCACAACAGCCAAGUAUCACAAUCUCCAUGAUGACGAAGAUGCCUUUAUGGAUGACGAUGAGGAUGCGGCAGACGACAUAUUUGCUGCCGAUGCUAGGUCCCGUAACAAACGAAAGAAUGAUGACUACAUGGAAGAAGAGAGCGAAGAAGAAUUUCUACCCAAGCCGAAGCGAGUUGCGCCUAAGAGCAAGCCAGAUGAAGACAAUAUCAAACCGACCGCUAAAGCCUCCAAAAACUCCACACCUGCCAAAAAACGAAAGACACCCGAGCCUGAUUCUGAUGAAGAAGAAGACGAGGAGGAGGAGGAGAAACCAGCCACUCGCAAGAAACCUGUCGCUAAAAAGCCUAGGGCCCCGAGAGCGAAGAAGGCCGAAGGACCCGAAGACCCCGAUAUUCAAGCUAUUUUUGACGACAUUCCUACAGUGAGACCGCCAACGCCGCCAGAAAAGGACCCAAACAAGAAAUUUGACUGGAGAAAGGCAGCAGCAGGCGGAGGCAACUCAGGACCCCCACCAAACCCAACUGGAGACAUACCCACAGGAGAGCCUGAUUGUCUUGCCGGUCUUACUUUUGUAUUUACGGGUCAACUAUCGACUAUUGCGCGCGAAGAAGCUCAGGCGCUUGUCAAACGUUAUGGCGGCAAGGUCACUGGUAGUCCGAGCAGCAAAACGAGCUAUGUAGUCCUCGGGGAUGAUGCUGGUCCAAGUAAAUUGGCGAAAAUAAGGGAACUCAAUAUUAAAACUAUCAAUGAGGAAGGACUGUUUGCGCUCAUUCGCCGACUCCCCGCGGGUGGUGGAAGCGGGAAAGGUGCUGAAAAAGUGAAGCAGAAACGAAAAGAAGAGGAGGAGAAGAUCAAGCAGCAGGCAGCUGAAAUGGAGAAGGAAGAGAAAAGAAAAAGAGCAGAGCAAGAGAAGGCCCAAAAAGCAGCGGUGGCUCGAGGAGCUGUCACUGCCUCACAAGCACCACAGCCAUUGUCUGCCCAAUUAUGGACCGUCAAGUACGCUCCCACUCAGGCGAGUCACAUAUGCGGAAACAAAGCUGCGGUGGAAAGGAUUCAGAAGUGGCUCAAGGGCUGGCCUCAAGCAAAACGCUACAAUUUCCAAAAACGAGGCGCAGAUGGUAUGGGUGGGGAACGUGCUGUCAUUCUCUCGGGCCCCCCUGGCAUUGGCAAGACAACUGCUGCUCAUCUUGCUGCUAAACUCGAAGGUUACGACAUCAUCGAAAGCAAUGCUAGCGAUACGCGAAGCAAGAAGCUUGUUGAGUCUGGUGUUAGCGAAGUCAUGAACAAUACAUCACUUCAUGGCUUCUUUGCUGGUGAUGGAAAGAAGGUCGAUAAAGAGAAGAAAAAUAUUGUUCUGAUCAUGGACGAAGUCGACGGUAUGUCUGCAGGUGAUCGAGGCGGUGUUGCCGCUCUCGCGAAAUUUUGCAAGAAGACGGAAGUGCCUCUCAUCCUUAUAUGCAAUGAACGCAAGUUGCCAAAGAUGAAGCCUUUUGACUUUGUCACAUACGAUAUCAAAUUCCAGCGACCUCAAAUCGACCAGAUUCGUUCACGCAUGAUGACGAUAUGCCAUCGAGAAGGCCUCAAACUACCCGUGCCGGUUCUUGAUGCUCUCAUUGAAGGCAGUAAUCGAGACAUCAGACAGAUCGUCAACAUGUUGGCCACAAUCAAGCUAGACCAAGUAUCGAUGGAUUUCGAUCAGAGCAAAGACAUGUCCAAAGCAUGGGAGAAGUCGAUCGUUCUUAAACCAUGGGAUAUAUGCCAGAAGAUGCUUGCCGGGGGUCUCUUUUCUCCCGCGAGCAAAUCUACCCUUAAUGACAAGAUCGAGCUCUACUUCAACGACCAUGAAUUCAGCUAUCUCAUGAUACAGGAAAAUUAUCUUCGCACGAAACCGUCGACACUGGGAGCCUAUCGGGAUAACAAACGAGAACAGAAUUUGAAGCUCCUCGAGGUAAUGGAUCAGGCUGCUGAAAGCAUAUCCGAUGGUGACCUAGUAGAUCGAAUGAUCCACGGGCCACAACAGCAUUGGAGUCUUAUGCCGACUCAUGCUGUAUUCAGUACGGUUCGACCGGCCAGUUUUGUGUCUGGGCAGCUUAUAGGUUCAAACUUCACCAGUUGGCUUGGAAACAAUAGUAAAUAUGGUAAACUUGGCCGCUAUAUACGAGAAAUCCACUCUCAUAUGCGACUUAAAGCAUCUGGUGAUCACAACGAAAUUCGCCAGCAAUAUCUUCCGAUUUUAUGGACACAACUUAUAAAGAGAUUAGCCGACGAGGGGAAGGAAUCUGUCGAGGAUGUUAUUGAACUCAUGGACAGCUACUUCCUCACCAGAGAAGACUUCGACUCUAUCAAGGAGCUUGGCGUUGGUCCUCAGCACGAGGAGGCUGUUUCAAUCGAUACGCAGACCAAGUCUACUUUCACUAGAUUAUACAACGCUAUGAACCACCCAGUACCAUUUAUGAAGGCUAGCGCUGUUGUUGGCUCUAAGAAGGUUACCAAGGAUAAACCUGAUCUUGAAGAAGCGAUGGAUGAUGAAGAUGAUGCUGAAGCCCCAGAAGCAGUGGAAGUUGCUGAUGAUGACGAAGACGAGGAUAUUUCAAAGGACAAAUACAUCAAGAAGCCUAAAGCGAAGAGUGCGAAGAGAGGACCAAAAAAGGCGGCUAAGACGGAGGCCGAUGACAAUGAAGACGAAGAGAAACCAAAAGGUAGGGGCCGUAAACCAGGUGGGACAAAAGGCAAAUCCAAGAAAUGAGUGGCCGGGACUAUCUUGGAGCCAGGAGGAUGCAUCAAUAGCUAAAUACCUCCCGCAAUGGUCGUUAAGUUCAUUGUUGUGAACAAAACUUGUGGCAUGGCUACAUUUGCCAAGAGAGAGCGUGGCUUUUACUAUCUAAAGAUACAGAACUUGCAGUAAACUGCCUGUACACACCAAGCACAGGCCAUACCAUGUACCUGUAAUGGUAAUA